GGGCGAGCAGGCGACCGGGCAUCUUCGAUUCUUAGCGGCCCGGAAUGUGAGAUUGAAUUUACUGUGGCGCGUGUGGUGCGAGAAAUUACAGUGAUUUUGCUGUAAAGAAAAAGCUGUACAUACCGACGCUCACGUUGCAAUAUUCUCGCGAAGGACGCGAGCGAGUGACGACAUCCGUUGGAUUCUUUUUCACGGCUUCCGCUCGCGGCACGACAGUUUUCGAAAAGGAAGAUCGUCGUACUUGGUGGAACGUCUGGGAGAACUCUUUCUUAGAACUGGUGGAAAGAACGUUUUGAUUUUGAAUUAGUGCAGAAUUUCGCUUUCGAGAAGUUUUCGGGAUGCACAGUGCGAUUUGUGAAAAUACUACGUACGUUUUUGGAGCCACAAAAGAGAGCGAUCGAUAAAAUAUGUCAUAUCACCGAACGAACUUCGCACAAAUACAGCAUCCAGCUUCUAAUAUCGACAGCAGCAGCAGCGACAAGACUUUGCCAGAGCCAGACUCGCCCGACUUUGAUCUGUCGGUCCCCUCGCGAAUCGGUCCCGAGUCAUCUCAAUUACUUCUCGUUGGGUGGCUUAUCUGUGAAGCUACGACCGCGAUAAUCGUGUCGUCCUCCGGAAAAUGAGUCUCAGGGAAAUCUCUGGAAAAAACUCAGUAUGUUCUUCAGUAUCUUCUCGAAGAUAAUCAGUAGUUAAAUACUUCGAUGCCCGCGACAGCAACGAUAGCCGACGAAGACGACGUACGGUGCUACGCGGAAGAUCGCAUCUUGCCGCAAUCGAAAAACCCUCGCGAGAACUUUAACGGAAUUGACGACGAAGGUGACGUUGUCGAGUACUCUCGGGUUAUCCACGAGAUCUCUUCUAUGUACCUCUACCACGUGGACGUUGCACCACGUUGUUUCAAAAUAUUUGGGACUGCCGCGUGCUGCCCCGUCAAUCAUGGAUGUUGACUGUCCGAUCGUAAGCCUGAAGCGAUCCAGCAGCGCGCCGAUGAUUAACGAGAUUAGCAGUGCGACCAUGUCCGUCACCACACCGUCUACAUCAUCAUCGAGGGAUGCUGUGUCCAGCUACAAUAUAUUUUCUAAUUCUACGCGUUCACGACGCUUCAGCACCAGCAGUCCUGGUAAUGUUCCUAGAUUGACUCCACGUGUGAGUCAAUUAAGACAGGAAGAAUGCGUAGACGUCGCUGGCCGGGAAGCUGCACAUGAGAAGGAAAUUCACAGUGCCAUGCAAAUAUCACAAUCAUGGGAAGAUCUCACCUUGGAGGCAGAAGGACUAUCGUUCAAAGACUCAGAGCCUUCUACACAGCUUAACAAAAUGGAACGCCCAAAGAGGCUGUUAGAUCCUCUAAGUCUAAAUCUUUCCAUUAUUGGCUCAUCGCAGUGUUCUUCACCUUCACCCACAAGAUCGGGUUUCAAUCAAAGACAGUGUUAUUCUCCCGGUAUUCAUAUUUGGAAGAACAAUUUGUCUCCUAGUCCUACAAGAAAAGCAUUUGCUACAAGGCGCAGCUUAAGUCCUAUCGCAAUAAGGCCAAGCUGCUUGGGUCCAGUCAAAAGAAAGUUUGAAUUAGACGAGGCGGGAAUGGAUCAUAACUUGCAGCCACCUGCAAAACGUACUCCUGGUUUAUUGACCUCAGUUGCAUCCAGGCUGGAUGCACUAUCCAGUCCACUUCCAGGGACUAUUAGUUCCGUCGGCACACCCGAGUCGUUAUCGAGCGCGGAUUCACCUAGUUUUUCCUUCCGGCCAGUGGACAGUCCGUCGCCGGUUCGCGCAGUUCCAAACAGUGACAGCGAUUCUCUAUCAGAUGCGAGUAAUCAAAGUAAACCGACAGAUCACAUUCGUGUCGAUCAGAUUAAUCAAGAUAAUCACAGAUGAAUACGAGAAACUAUUGUCGGAUGUUGUCAGACUGUUGUGUGAGAGCUUAGAGAUUUGAUGUGUCAUAUUGGUUAUUUUUGGCAUAUUGAUGUAGGAAAUAUGAUAUCUGCAUAUUGAAUGCAAAGCUCGGUGUAUCCUUCUCGUCGAUCUUGUUCAAAAUGAUAAAAGACAGUGUUCUCAUAAUGGGACAUGGAUUGAUUGGAACUUUAGUGCAAGUGUGAUGUAUCUUAGAGGACUUUAGAGAAGUACCUCUAAUACAUUCUUCUUUUGAUGUAUGAGUAAGCAUAGCACCAAGAGUGUUCUCCUCCCUUUAUUAUGCUACUUAUAUACAUAUCGACGGGAAGACGCUUCAUGUCCCGUAAUCGUAUCGUUCUGAUAGAUUUAUUCCAGAGUGAAGCAUGUUCGUACUAUAAAAUGAUUAAUUCUUUAUUUUUUUUUUGAUAUACAAAUUCUGUAUGUAUGCGAUAAUUUCUUUCUCCCUUUUAUCAUCCUCUUUUUCAUUCUUUGUUUAUCCAUCCCUACUCAAUUUUAGCUUUUGUUAUCUAUUUGUAAUGUUUGAUAAAUCAUGUUUUGAAUAUCGGAUAAUUUUCUAUCUAAUGGGUCCCAACGAGCAUAAUUUUUGUAAUUUAAACUGUAUUUGUUACAUAGAUGAUCAAAGUUGCAUCUCGCGUUUAAUCACAAUGGCUCUGUAAUAUUGUAUAAACAUAAUUUAAUCAUAUACAGAUGUUGAUGCCUUUAAUCUCUUUCUUAUUAUAUUAUUUCAUUGAUAUCAGUGGGACUUGAGUUUUGUUUGCAUUUAGCAUUGAAUACGAUAAUUUUGAAUCUGUUUUUAGAAAAAUAUGUUGAAAGCGAUGAAAAUAUGUAAGAAUUAAAAAUAUAUCUGAGAGCCAAGUUUAAAAGAUUAGAAUGUCUUUUGAAAAUUUAUCUCGCUUUUUGGAUGUUGUCUGAUCUUUUUAGAAAAAGAUAUGUAUUUAUACCCUGCAAAGAAACAUCUUUUCGAAGAUCAAUAGUAACAUUGAAAGAAAAUUUGUGAAUACCUCUCGUUUUUCUUAGUUCUAACUAUCAAUUUGUCAGAAGAUCGAUCAAAUGUGAAAUUCGAGUCCCAAUGUGUAUCGGAUAUUGUAAUGUAUGUACAUACGUACAUACAAUGCCCUUAUAUUUCAUGAGAUAAUGAUCUUGUUCUACAUAUAAAUAAUAACAAUAAUAUAUAGAAGCGCGUUUGUAUUCUAGAUUUCUCCGAAUAAUAUACGAAUAACUCUUUUCUCUUUGAUGCUUUUUUACGAAUAAUGAUAUCACAUAGAUAUUCCGCAGAAUGUUUUUUUUUACUUAAAAACCAAAGCAUAAGUAUUAAGUUUAUUAUAUUAUAAUUAGUACUCCCCCUCGCGCUCCCUUUCACUAUUGCUCUUUCGUUUUCGAAAUGCGUGAUUUCACGUCGACUUUCGUGAAAUCGAUCAAAUCAAUUUUAUCUUUAUAUUUCUGAAAAAGUAUAAUCUCUCAGAAAUCUCAUAAUGCAAUAUAUUGUGCAUGAUUUUUAGAUCAAACGGAGCAUUCCAUACAAUUUCAAUUGGAGGCAUUACUUUUGGAAUAUAUAUUUGUAUAAAUAUAUAUAAAUGAAAAAUCAAGAGAUAUUAUAUUUAUAUAUAUUUAUGUAAAGUUAUAUUUCAAAAGUAGCUUGACUGAUAAUGCUAUGAGAAUUUGACUGUGCCAGAAAAUAAUAGUAAUAUGCGCAGGAAGAAUUGUAUAGAUCUUGUAUGCGUUCUAGAAUGUAUACUUUGAACUUCCUCUCGCCUGUUAAUAAACUGAUAAUAGAUCAUAUAUUAUUUAUAAUUUUAAGCAGUGUAGCGUUAAAGAUUUUUAUUAAAAGUCUGCAUUUAGAUUCAUACAUGCUUUGAUAUAAAAUGUCCCAAUUGACUUUUGAAGAUUUUGACCAUCACUUUUCAGGUUUUUGAUUCCUCGUUAGAAUACAGCUAUCAUGAGUAGGACGAUAAUUAUGUAGGAUGCAUAUUUUUAAUAGAAAAUAAAUUAUCUGGAAAUAUGAAUGUAAAA